UGAUAAUAUUUCACUCAUAGUGUCGCUGUAUUUAGGCGAUAUUUUAUUGAAAUAGUUUUUCCAUAUUUCAGAUAUAUCAGAGCGGCAUUCCAGUUACAUUUCCUUCAUAUUUUUAGUGAUUAUUUUAGUGAUAUUUAAAUGAUAUUCCCGCUGCGUCCCUCUGCUUUCAGCAGCGACCCUCUGCGGGGUUUGUCCCGGAACAGGAGCCCUCCCCCGGGGGAGAAGGUCCCGGUGGUCCCGGUGGUCCUAGACAUGGAGCUGUGCUACCGGCUGCUGCGGCGGCUCGUGCCCGGUCUGCCGCGGGGACGCGCCGCCAGCCGGGUGGAGAUCCUGCAGCACGUUAUCGACUACAUCCGGGACCUUCAGAACGAGCUGGACGCCUCCUGCCCGACCGGGGACCGGGGCACAAACCUGCACACCUGCCAGGUAGGGAACAUCCGGGAAACAUCAGCUCUGAU